GCUCCGACAGCUCAAUUGGAGUGCCGAUGCACCGUCGGUCCUUUGCCACGAGGGCAGCCGCCGUCAUCGAUGAGGAGCUCAAAGGUGUAAUCGAUAAGCUUCGAAGCAUGGGUUCGGAAGGCGCGGCAGUGCUAAUCACUCCAUCGCACGUGGCCAAGCUGGCGGAAACGACGCCACCUGCAAAGCUGUACCAAAUGGGCCAAGCCAUCUUUGAGAACUCGACCGGCAAUGUCAUGCAGUCCGUCUUGUUGUGGCAAGCAGCAGCGGCGAAAGGACACUUGAAUGCCAAGUACAGUUAUGCCCAAUGCCUGAAACAAGGCAAAGGCGACCUGAAGCCAGAUCCCGUUGCCGCAACUACGCACUUCCGACAGCUCUUCGAAGCUAACCAUGCGUGGGGGACGUACGGGUAUGCAGAAGCCCUGAACCGUGGAGAAGGCACGAAACCGAAUAAAUCCAAGGCGUUCGAGCUGUAUCUAGCAUGUGCCAAGGCGGACUUGCCGCCAGCUUACAUGGCUGUGGCCAACAUGUAUGCUUCGGGGGAAGGAGUGGCCAAGAAUCCUACGGAGGCAUUCAAUUGGUACCACAAAGCCGCGGAGAAGGGCGACGCCCAUGCCAAGUCGAUUCUCGGGGACUGGUACUUUAACGGGGUCCACCACGUCGCGCAGAACAUCCCGUUGGGCUUGUCGUUGCGCCAAGAAGCCGCGAUGGCAGGCGUCCCGAAUGCGCUGUUCAACAUGGGGUGCUUGUAUCGGGUUGGGGACCACGUCGAGAAAGAUGAAGCUGUGGCGUACCAGCUCUUUCAAAAGGCUGCGACGAAAGGCCACGGAAUGGCCAUGUUUAAUGUCGCGCUCAUGUUGCAUGACGGCAUCGGCGUCGCCGAGAACAAAGACGCGGCCAAAAAGUGGCUCGAAGCAUUAGCUCCCCACGACAUCCAAGCCAAAGAGCUGUUGAGGACCAUGGCGUAAUCCACGAUGACAUUUCGUAAACACAAAUGGCGAUCGCAUUUCGAUUAGCAAGGACGCGGGAUGUAACUUAAAUAUAUCGAGAUGCGGGGCAAUCGAUUACGGCAGCGGCGUGGAACUGGAUGGGUUUGGCCGGCGGGCUGAGCAGAUGCAGAUCGUCGUCAUGCAGCAUCUUGCCAAUCGUUUCCAUG